UAUAGAAAUCAUAUCUCCCUCAAGAGCUCUCUCUCAUCCUCUCCCAGGCAGUUAUCCCCUCUCUUCUCCUAUAACUAAACAAAUUUAGCCAUACGAGGAGUCUCUGAGACCAACCCACUAGCCAAUUUUUAAACUCCUAACUUUGGUUUUCUAGGCUCUUCUGGCAUUUCUCAUCCUCGUAUCAACACAUAAUAGAUAUACUCACACCAAUGCAUGUAUAUUCAUUUGUUGUUGCUCAUUCUACCUAGGCAAAAUGACCUUUUUCAAGUGCAUGUAUGAGACAAAUAAACAAAGCAAUUUUAGCAAACCAAAAGGAAUUCGUUGAGGGGUUAAUCAUGACAGUUAGCCAUUUAAAAUCUUAGAAUUAAUAGAAAACUGCACUCAUCCACAGUUAGACUCAAAAAUAUAAAAGAAUUGCAGCAACCAAGACUCUUGUCCAAGAAAUUCUACCUUUUGUACAGAUCCAAAAUAUAUUCAUCUCCUUUGCCUUCCUACAAAAACAACCUUUUUAUUCUUACUACACAAAUACAAUCCACGUGGAGUUGAGUGGUCCUUCGCUUAAUUCAUUACUAUGACAGUUGAUUUUCAGUUUUGUUCUUUGAUUUUCUUCUUAUUUGUGACAGUUUCUGCUCUUGGACUAGAGGAUUUAUUAAGCUGCGAGUCAAAAUCUCCAGCUGCUUCUGGCUAUCGAUGUGACCGUAAUUUGCAGCCAUUGCAAUGUGGAACAUUCGCAAUUCUUCGUACCAAUUCAUUUUACUCAUCUCUUUUCAAUCUGAGUUCUUAUUUGGGUAUCAAUCGAUACGUUCUAGGUGAAGCAAAUGGCUUUUCUGCUGAUACAGAAUUUCUUACAAUUGACCAGCCUUUAUUAAUUCCAUUAGAUUGUAAAUGCGUUGGCGGAUUUUUUGAAGCUGAAUUGACAAAAACAACAAUUAAAGGAGAGAGCUUUUAUAGCAUUGCUCAAUCUUUAGAAGGUUUAACGACAUGUAAAGCAAUUAAGGAAAAAAAUCCAAAUAUUACUCCUUUUGGUUUGUCUGAGAAACUUUUACUGUCAAUUCCAUUGAGAUGUGCUUGUCUUUCUCCAGAAGAAAUUAGUCCACAAACAAAACUUUUGGUUUCUUAUCCAGUGAAGCAAGGUGAUACAAUUGCAGCUUUAGCAAUUGGUUUCAAUACUAGUGCUGAAAGAAUAAUUGCUACCAAUCACAGAUUAGAAGGAGGUAGUUUUAGACCUGAAAGCCUUUCACCAGCUUCAACUCUUUUGAUUCCGCUCGAAGGUAAACCGAGACUUAGCUUAUUUACAAACUCCCAGCAGCCGGAUUUGGGAUAUCCAGCAGCAAGCAUUGCGUCAACUAAAAAACAUAAAAGGAAGUCCAAAAUGAGGAUGAUGGGAGUUUAUAUUGCUGUUGCUGUGGUUGCCUUUAUGUCAAUAGUAGCGUUUGCGGCAGUUUUCUUGUUUAUCCAGCACAAGAGGAAGAGGGAUGCAGAUUUGUGUAAGGAAGCAGAUUUGGAGCUACAAAAGUUAAGCUUAAGCGUGAGAACAACCAGCGAAAAGAAAGUUUCAUUCGAGGGGUCUCAAAAUGAACUAGACAGUCAGAUUAUUGAUGCCACACCACAUAAGCUGUUGGUUGAGACCUACACUAUUGAGGAGAUAAAGAAGGCUACAGAGGAUUUCGAUUCCUCCAAUCUUAUCGAGGAUUCUGUAUUCCAUGGCCGGAUCAGUGGCAAAGAUUUGGCAAUCAAAAAGAUGGAGACUUGCAAUAUCUCAAAAAUAGAUACUGGACUAUUCAAUGAUGCAAUUCAUCAUCAUCCAAAUAUUAUCAGGCACUUAGGGACGUGCGUAUCAGAGAGUCCUGAUUCAUUCUUGGUGUUUGAAUAUGCUGUAAAUGGUUCGUUAAAAGACUGGCUUCAUGGUGGUCGAGCAAUGAAGAAUCGAUUCAUUGCUUCGUGCUAUUGUUUCUUGACAUGGAAUCAGAGGCUAAGGAUUUGCUUAGAUGUAGCGACUGCCUUGCAAUUUAUGCACCAUAUCAUGGAUCCUGCUUAUGUCCACCGAAAUAUAAAGAGCAGGAACAUUUUUCUUGAUGAAGAUUUCAAGGCAAAAGUUGGUAAUUUUGGCAUGGCUCGAUGCGUUGAAGAUGAUGUUGCAAAAGGUUAUUUAGCUCCAGAGUAUCUUGAACGAGGAAUCCUUACCCCGAGCAUUGAUAUCUUUGCUUUUGGGGUGAUCUUGCUGGAGGUGUUAUCAGGCCAAACACCUAUAAGCAGUGGCAAUGGUAAAGGAGAAGAUGAAACUAGGCUGUCUGAUAAAAUAAAGGUCAUUUUGGAGUCGGAUAACGCGGAUGAGUUAAGGGAAUGGAUAGACAGUGCAUUGGGAGACAAUUAUUCAUUUGAUGCAGCAGUGACAUUGGCAAAUCUGGCUAGAGCAUGCGUGGAGGACGAGCCCUCGUUAAGACCAAAUGCUGGUGAGAUUGUGGAGAAGUUGUCAAGAUUGGUUGAAGAAUUACUGGAAGGGGAAGAGCAACUCAUAACCUCCGAAAGUUCUUGCAAACCUUUGUUCAUGGCUGCAGCCACCAGUACCAUGUGAUUACCAAAAAUGCGAGCUUUUGUGAAUUGUAAGUGAUUAAGUUUCCAGGUGUUUAACUUGUAAGGUUUUUAUGGCUCUUAAGAUCUUGAUCUCCUCUGCACUUACGGCAAAAUACAAGAGGAGACUGUAGACCGCUUAUUAUUAAGUUGUAAAUAUGUACGUAUGCAGCAACUACCUUUGAUCAUAGUGAUCUUCUUAUGUA